AUGGCUUCCGACAAGAACGGGGAAGAUGCAAAAGCAGACAACGACAUCGUGAACGCCUUCAGGCUUGACACUGACCCCGUGUUUCAGAAGGACAGGAAUAUUAGGUGCGCUUCUGAUACUGGACAGUGGUUCUUCCAUCAUCCAGAGUACGAAGCCUUCCGAGAUACCCACGGGCUACAGCUGCUACUCGUAACUGCUGAGGCAGGCGGAGGCAAAUCUACCGUCAUGAGGACUUUCGUAGAUCGUCUGCAAGCAUCUGACGAUCGGCCUGUUGUGGCGUACUUCUUCUUCAAAGACGAUGAUGAUCAGCUCCGGAGCUAUGAAGACGCGCUCAGUUCAAUGAUCAACCAGCUGUUCGUGCAAGAGCGCGGCCUGAUCAGACACGCCAGGGACUUGUACAAACAAUACGGCUAUGGAAUACGAUAUCGGACCAAAGAUCUGUGGAACAUCCUCCUAGCGGCUGCUACCGAGACACACCGGGGAUUAAUUUGCAUUUUAGAUGCGGUCGAUGAGUGCGCACCAGCUGGCAGAAGACAGCUAGUGUCUGAUAUGGCGGUCGCGUUCGAAUCAGGAGUCAAAACCACCUCCACUGAGCUGAAGUUCGUGGUGACUUCGCGUCCCUACCAGGACGAAAACCGUUCUUAUAUACAUCUGAUCGCAUCUGACACUAUCCGGCAUCUGGCAGGCGAAGAUGCAAAACUCCAGUCGGACAUUCAGGCGAUUAUACGCAUCAAAGCAGAAGAACUAGCCAAGAAGCACCGGCUAACACAGAACACGCUGAACAUUCUGGUCCAAACUAUCUCAAGUCAAAACCAGCAGACAAGAUCUUUCCUCGCCGUUCGGAUGGCUUUCGAACUUCUAGAUUCACACGACUUGAUGCAAGAGGGUGCUGAUGAAGACAUAAUCCGCGCGAUUCUCGCAGAUAUACCACACACACUCGGCGACCAGUUCGAUAAGAUGCUUAACAGGACCCCCGACAAAGAGCACGCUCGCCGAUUGUUUUGUGUCAUUAUAGCUGCCAGAAAGACGCUCAAUAUUUCAGAGCUCAAAGUUAUUUAUGCUUUGACACAGCCAAGAGACAUGGCCUCCGGGUCUCCACGCUCCUAUGACGAUCUACAGAUUCCAAUGAUCGAUGAAGAAUUCAAACGCCUCGUCCGAGCUCGAUGCGGCCUUUUCGUGACUUUCGUGAAGAGCUCGGUCCAUCUUUUCCAUCAGACAGCGCGAGAAUACCUCAUGGCGGAUCCGGUCCCGACUAGUACGGGUCCGUCAGAUGAUUCAAAAACGCCAACUAUGUCUGAAUUACAUACAGCGCCGAACAUGAAUCAGCAACAGACUUGGAAAGGUUGCAUUACCAAGGCGGAUGCUAAUCUUGUCAUGCUAACUGUAUGCACGGAUCUGUUCAGCUUCUACUUACCAAGAUCGUGGGUCCUCAGUGUCUUCGACAGUCUAAAUGCUGGCAAUGGCUUCGAUCAUGACAUAAAAGCAUUGCUCCUGAAGAAACCGGUCCUCCAGUAUGCAUCGUUCAACUGGUACGAGCAUGCUAUGCUGGGGGGCGACAAUGCUCUGGCUGCUCUAAUGAGUCCACGCUAUGCUCCAGUCCUUGAUGUCAGCAAGACUUCAUUCUGGGUGUGGUUUCUGGUCCUUGCAGAUUACUUAUGUUCAAAUCGCGCGAAACCUGAGUCACUCAUAUCUAGUGUCUGGGAGGAUGACUACAAGAAUCACCGGCUAUCAGCGAUCCCCCACACCAAAGGCCCGAUUUGGACAGUCGGAGAUGGCUACGAUCUGAUCGACCGAUUCCAUUUGGCUUAUGGCGAGUAUGAGUACACGAGCUUUUCAAGAGCAGCACAAUGCGUUGAAUCUGGGCUAGUCGAGCGAAGUGCGUUCCUCACUGCUGAUACGCCCAUACCUACGAUGAUAUGGACCUGCAUCAGCGUCGGGGCACCGAAUGCUCUAAAGGGAAUCUUAUCUACGGCCAAAGACAUGGACUGGCUUCAUCAAGUGCCUGAGCAUACUAUGUAUCGAAGAAUUCUUUGGCAUGGAUCGUGCAGUGCUACUGGAGAAGACCUUAGAAAAUAUCGGGAACAGGGAUGGACCGAGGCCUGGCCACCAGCUUUCUUCGUCCUCUUGAGGGCUACAUUCGACCACCCAAAUGCGGAAGUAUUUGGCGUUUUGGCAGACUGGCUAGUAUCAUCGGAUCAUGCGAAAGACUACGCACAGCAACUAUGGCAGGUAGGCGGUUUUCUGGAGCAUUCUCUCUGCCGACGCCUCGUCAAUGCUGGCGCUCCGAUCGACGGGAAAUGUCGGGACGAUGGUAUCACCGCUCUGCAAGUUGUUUCCGCUCUUUGGGAGCAUGAUACUGUGGACACGUUGAUCGAGUUGGGUGCAGAUCCAACAAAACAGACCGCAAAUGGACUUACCGCUCUUCAAGCGUUUCUGUGUGGUCCUGAGAAUAUUCUCAAGGAUGAGCGAUUCUCGGUCAGCUCUAGGACGGAAUUUAAGGACCUACCACUACGAGAGCAGCAAAGACGUCGAAAGUCUCGCAUAUCAUUAACACUUCGAGCGCUCUGUCGAGCGCUGCCUACGCAGUCUCCCUUGGUCCGGACGAAUGCUACCGGGAAGUAUCCCCUGAUGCUUGCAGUACAAGGCUCUCAAACAGCAACCCAAGGCUUGAUCAGGGCAGGUGCAGAUGUCGAACAAGCGGAUCGCUGGGGGCGGACUGCUUUGAUGCACUUCUUCUGUGGUUCCUUCACUGGCCGUUCGGCUAAAACCCUGAAGCAUAUAUUAGAUGCUGGGGCUGAUAGCUCCGCAUCUGACGCAGCUGGACAUACGGUGUUGCAUUAUUGGGUACGCCAGGUGUUUGCCAUGGACCUAGCUAGUCUCUAUCCUGGGUUCAAUCGGUUUAACAAAAGCUUCGAAGCAUUGACGAAAACUGGGGCACUUUCGGACGACGAUGCUCUGAUUCGAGCAUUGGUUCCACUAGAAUUUCCUUUGGCUGCAGCUGUUCGCCUAGGGAACACCAAGUUGUGCUGGGCGCUUUGCAUGGCAGGGGCUAGUCCUGACAAACAUGGCCUGACAACGAAGACCCGUCUUCCCGAGAGUAACGGAAGCGUGGCAAUGUACUUAGAGGAUUUGAGUUGGAAGCCUCUCCUGAUCGCACUGAUGCACAAAGCCUACACUACUGCCGCGAUAGUCAUGGCAUACGGCGCAAAUGUUACGUUCAAGACCCCUUCACGAAAGAGAACAAAGUACAACAAGCAUAGAGUAAAGGACUGCGGAACUACCGCGCUGCAUGUUGCAGUCCGAAGUCAAUCGAAGGACUACGGUGGUUCUAGCAUUGCAUUGAGCACCGGGCGCUACUCAGGCUGCACAUUCCUUGCCGUUGGGAACCCGGAGUUCAAGGUAUCAAAGGAAUCUCCAGAUGUGCUAAUGCUGAAACUUUCAGUCAACAAUUGGAAGAAGGGUGACUGGUACAAGAAGAGAUUCAAGGAUGAUAGCUCCGAUUCAGAAUAUGAGGUACCGAAAAACCGAACCCACAACGACAAUACAGGAGAUAAGUUGCUGCCAUAUGACAAGCUCUCCGAAUUUAUGUUGCAAAGUGUACACGCAAAGCUCGACGACCCGCUCUACUUGCAGAUCAUAGAUCCGAGACUGACACGCGAGCAACGCCAGUAUGCUCUCGUCGAGCUCUUGCUCAAAAAGGGCGCCCCAAUCAAUGCAAAGACACAAGAAGGCAGGACUCCCCUUCAUAUAAUCAAAUCCAACCCAAGUCUCGCCCGGCUGCUUCUCUUGUACGGCGCAGACCCCAACGUAGCAACAACAGACGGAUUGACGCCCCUCAUGCAAGCAGCAGCACAAGGUGAUCGCGAACUUGUAGAGAUUCUCUUGGCCGCUGGUGCCGACGCGGAUGCCCAGCUCAACAUCCCGCCUUUGAUAGAGCGCAAGUGCUCUUCAUUCAUUGAGCGAAACAAGUGGACAUUCCACCAAUGCGAUGCACCUCUUACAGCUCUAGCGGUCGCUGCAGAGCGCGGACACUACGAGGUGGUUGAACUUCUGCUCAAGUACGGUGCGGAUCCAAACAAACCGAUCGAGCAUCACGCGCACGGUCGACUACCGUCGAAACGGGACAAGCGGCGUGAAGCACGACACUAUGGAGAGUCUGAUUCUUCAGAUUCAGAAGUGGAGCCUGAGGAGUGGAAGGGAUAUAUCAGCGUUGGGACUGCGUUUUCGUGGGCUAGAGAUCAGGUGCGCGAGCUAUUACUCCGAAAUGGUGCUGAUCCAGCGAGAGAGGAGCCUUUAAGAGAGUGA